CUGGCAGUCCAGAGAAGAGGGGGGAGAUGUCAUCCUACUACCCGCGCACCAAGGACCUGACUCGCACCAGGAAGUCAGUGACAGAUUCACCACCGUCCUCUCCGUCCCCCACUGACAAAAACUACAGACAUGACAGAUUGUCAAGAUAUGACUCCAGCGGGGAGAGCGCGACAGACAAACCACUGGGCCGCACCAGCUCUUACAGUCGGAGAGAGACGAGGCUGUCUGCUCUGAACAGACAGGAGCAAGAUUCCACUACCAAAGACUAUAAGAAGAUGUAUGCAGAAGCUUUGCAUGAGAAUGAGAAGCUGAAGUCCAGGCUGCAGGACAGCAAACAGGAACUGGUCAAGAUACGUUCCCAGCUGGAGAAAGUCACUCAGAGGCACGACAGAAUAUCAGAGAGAUCUACAGCACUUGACUCGGAGAAAAGGGAAAAACAAGCUCUUGAGAAAAGAGUGUCAAACAUGGAGGAUGAGUUAAAGGCUUUCCCUGCUCUGGCUCAGGUCCAGACCUUGCGGAGGGUGAACGAGUGUCUACUGGCUGAGAAUAGAGCCAUGCUGCGCGUCCUCGCCCGCCUCUCUGAGACGGCCUCCAUGCCGGAGACAGAGGACCUCUGAUCCUCUGACAUCAUCUGUCCUCCUUUCUCCCCCUCCUCUCCCCCUUCUCAGCCACAUAACUUCUACACUCCCCUCUCCUUCUGGUGCCUCUACAGCCCCCUCGUCCUCUGCUGUGUUCUUCUCAGGCAGGUCCUGCACCAUCCCGAUGCUCACUCCCCCCACAAUGCAAUGCAUCUUUCUCUGCACUCUUUUAACCCUAUUUCCUUUAUGACCAUUAGAGGGCAA